AUGUCCAACAUGAUGGUUCCCCUCCAGGAUCUGCUAAACCAGGACCCGAGCUCUGCCCAGCAACAGCAACAACAACAGCAACAGCAGCAACAGCAUAGAAGAUCUGCACCCGUCUACCCUUCCAUUCCAAGUCCAACUACCGUAGCAAGUCUAUUGAGCAAUAAUCAUGUCGAGGUAAACUCCCCAAUUACAAACUCCAUCUCGAAUGGCAGUUCCUCUUUCCAUUCUUCUAAUGCUCCAUCUCCCACUUCAUCAGCAUCAUCUCAAACAGCUGCCACUUACCACUCUAAAUCUAUUAGAAAUAUGCUAAACAAUACGAAUGCCAAUGAAAAAACUUCGAACGGGGGUGUGAAACCUAUGGAAAGUCAGGAUUCUAAACAUGUCUCUACCAUUUAUCAUUCUCAUUCUCCAUCUCCUCCACCUUCAUCUUCAGCUUCAUCCUCAGCUUCCCCAGACGUGUCGUCCCCUUCAUCAAGUGAAGAGGAUCAUAACGGCAAAGUCGUUAGAAUAGUCGAUUAUAACGGUAAACAUAAUGAAAUCUUACAUUGUAAAUGGACAGAUUGUGAUAAGGCGUUCACUAUGCCGGAAUUAUUAUAUCAUCAUCUUUGUCAAGAUCAUGUCGGUAGAAAAUCGGAAAAAAAUUUACAAUUGAACUGUCAUUGGGGGUCUUGUUUCACGAAGACAGUCAAAAGAGAUCAUAUUACCUCUCAUUUGAGAGUUCAUGUUCCCUUGAAACCAUUCGCUUGUAAGAAAUGUACCAAGAAAUUCAAGAGACCUCAAGAUUUGAAGAAACAUUUGAGAACUCAUUUGGAUUCCGCCGGUUUCCCAUCUCAAACAAAGAAGAAGAGAGGUCCAAAAUUAGGUUCAAAGAGAAAGAGUAAGGCAAUGGUAACACCACCAACAACAAAUAGUAAUGUCCCAAGAAAUUUGCCUCAAAUUACACAGGAUCAAUUUUUACAAUCUCUGGAUCCAAUUUAUUCAAAUCAAUUGGGUGCAAGAAUUCAACAAAAUUUCAUCCCAAAUAUGUUGAAUGAAACAAACACCAACAAAAACAGUGCAACCAAUGUGGGGAUGAUUACCUACUUCAACAAAUUAUCUCAAAACCUACAGCAGCAACAACAAUAUGCAGCUCCACUCUCGUAUUCUCAUUCUUAUAUUCAACAACCUCCACAAUCACUUCCAGCAUCAAUGAUGCCUUUGCAGUCGGGGACUGGUUCUCCACAAUACCCUCAGCAGCAGCAGCAGCAGCAGCAACAACCAGUCUUACUUCAAAAAUACCCUCAAUUACCACCUCUAACUAACGCCUCUUCGUCAUCACCUUCACUAAUCGCAAACCUUUCUUUACCACCAAUUACAAAUUCGCAAUCCACAGCUAGCAAUAUGAUGCCUAUAAUAACUCCUCGCUAUGUCACUUAUGACAGAAACGUUUCUUCACAUUAUAACAACAAUUCAACGAAUAACCCCAAUAUGGCUGGAUUCAGUACCAUACAGAAAAAUAAUGGCAGUGUGGAAGAAGCUAUGAAUAAAUUAUCCCUAAAUGAAGAACAGGAGGAAAAAGAAGAAAAUGAUGAUGAUGAUGAAGAAUUAUUCUUGGCAACUAUAUGCAAUGUCAAUUUGAUUAAGGAUUAUCUAAUUUGUUCUUUGCUGGAAGAGGAAUUUGAAGAUGAUAAUGCCGACGGUGGAGACGAAAUGAUACAACCAAAACAUUUUAAUGGCUUCAUAAGGAAUAACUCAAGAUACCCGGAAAUACUAAUUUAA